AAGGCAAAUAAAAAUGGACUUAGAGCUAAUGAGUUAUUGAAUGAAGUUUUCUGUUUAUGUGGUUCCACUUAUUGAUGUAGUUCCUAAUUCUUAUCACGUAUAGAAAUAAAAUUUGUAUUGUAGCUGUUGAGUUAGGGAAAUUAACCCAUAUUGUGAUGCAUGAUGUGAAAUUUAACUUGCAGGAACUAGAAGCACAGUUGACCUAGCUACUAGUUAAUGUGACUUUUUAACCAAUUGUGUUGGAUCAUUAGACAUAUAUAGCCUUUGCUUAUGCUCUGGAGAAUUCUGCUUACAAUGGCUUUGGGUGACCUUUUUUUUUUAUGUAGUAAUACGGCUUUAAAUUGCAUUAAUGACAAUUGUGCUUCAACAUUAUGAAUAGAAGAACAACGGCAGUGCAUGCUUUGAAACAUGAUGUCAGCAUUGUUUUCCGGAUAUCCCUGGCUUUGUAUAUUUGUAUGGAUCGUGGUAACCUAUUGCUGGCAAAUUCAACACGCUUUAGAUUUUAACCCUCAACUUAUGCUUCUUUUAUAGUUAUUCUAGGACAAUUUGUGUAUUUGAUAAUUGUAUCACUAGUCAACUUCAAAGGAACUGGUGAGGCUUUCUUAGGUUGCUGCAAAUUGUGAAUAGUGGAAUUAGAUCAGUAUUAGAGGGCUGAAGAUUUUAGUAUUACGUGUUGUUUCCAUUGCUUCAGUUAUCGUAUUAUUUGUCGUUGCUAUUGUUCUCUAUUUCACGGCUUCUUUGCUAUUGUAUUUUCACUUGUUUUUUUGAUAUGCUUUACUUGAGCCGAGGGUCUAUCGAAAACAACUUCUCUACCUUUACAAGGUAGGGGUAAGGCUGUGUACACACCACCCUCCCCAAAUCCUACUUGUGGUUGUGGGAUUACACUGGGUAUGUCGUUAUUGUUGUUAGAGGGCUGACGAUGGGCAUGGGACUGUUGGCAGAUUAGUGUGGAUAGAACCAUGAAAGGAUUCAGAGGUGGUUCGCUGAUUUCAUAUCUAUUAAUAGCAUCGAGUUUGGCAUGCCAAGUUACAUAUUGAGUUUCCAAAUUUGGAAACUGGAGAAUGUGAUGUGUCCAAUUAUAGAAUCAAGAAAUAGAAAGAUUGUGACAAACGUAGGAGAUUUUAGGCACAUACUGGAGAAUAAAUAAUCAAUUCAGGUUAAAAAACUCAAGGAAUCACUUACAUAGUCGACAGGCUUUAAAUUGAUGGCUUUUGAAGCACAUUCUUGAUUAAUUUGUUUGCUGAACUUAUUCAACGGAAGUUUUAUGGACUGUAUGAAAGUUAGUAGCAAAACUGUUUUCUUUAUAUGUUGCUGGGUGCUGCUAGCACAUGAAGUAAUAAUGUUGUCAUGGAAUGCUUUGAUUUACAAAAUUUCAUUAGAUGUGGUUCUGUGAAAAGUGAAAACUUAUUGUUUAUGUUGCAUAGGACGCCGCUAAGCAGUUUCAUGUUCCCUUCAUAUAUUCUGUUUAUGACUUGAAACUGAUAUUCUUUUUCUUGAAAUGUUAUCGAACUUUUUGUCUUCUUAAUUGGGCUAGAUAUUCUCCUCAUAGCUGUUUCCACGGUGCUGUAAAAGUAAUUGUUACUGUAGUGUAGAUUCUGCGAUUAUAGGAAAACCUUGAACUACAGGAGGAAAUGUAACUUUAGGAGUUCCUUUGCACUUAUGCAGUGUGUGAGCUAUACAUUUGGAUACUAGUUUCUGCAGUUGCAGCUCUGACAAUCUAAUCUUACUGGCAGGAAUUAAAAUUUCAACUUUGUGUGAUGCACUGUAUUGAUUGAUUCAUUUUUAUUUGAGCCAUCUUGGACCAUAUUGUUGUGCACUAUAUUAUAUUUCUGCAGUAGCAGUUCUGUUCCUUAAUUUUCAUUUCUUGCUUUUGUGUGAUGGCACUUUUUGAAAAGAGUUGAUUCUCGUAAUGAGCGUUAAAUAGUGCUACUCAUGAAAUUGGACCUUAAACCAAACGGCCCACUAAAGUAUAACUCUUCUGGGGGCCCAAAUAAGAACUGAAGCUUCCAGAUCAAAUCAUACAUAGCCACCAAAGACGACUCUGUCUUGGUCUUGUGGAAAAGCGAAAGCACCUGACUAGUCAAUCCUACCAACCACUAACUUUUCUUCCCUUCGAGUGAACUGCCGGUGAACAUGACAAAUGGCUCAUGUAAGCUCAACGACAUAUUUUCCAAUUCCAAUUUAUUACCAAACCCAUAACACACCCACAUACAUAACUUCAACUUCCAUUUUCCCCAAUUCAUCUCCGCUAAAAAUGGAAGAAAAUUCCAGUCAAAAAUUUCAUCUCCGAUCUGAAAAUUCCGUUACAUAUGACUCAUCCUACCCCAUCUACGCCAUGGAUUUUUCCUCCUUCACUUCUUCCCUCCCCAACAAGCACCCUCGAAUUGCCAUCGGCAGCUUUAUCGAAGAGUUCAACAAUUGUGUCGAUAUUCUCUCUUUCGAUGAAGAUACUCAAACCCUUAAGCCAGUUCCGAAUCUCUGUUUCGAACACCCUUAUCCGCCUACAAAGCUCAUGUUUCAUCCUAAUCCUUCUGCUUCUCUCAAGUCCAAUGACAUUCUUGCCUCUUCCGGUGACUACCUCCGUCUUUGGGAAGUUGGUGAUACUUCUAUUGAACCCCUUGUCACUCUCAGUAAGAAUAAAACUAGUGAAUACUUUGCCCCUUUGACGUCUUUUGAUUGGAAUGAGGUGGAGCCCAGAAGAAUUGGUACUUCCAGUAUAGACACUACUUGUACCAUCUGGGAUGUUGAAGAAGGGGCUGUUGAAACCCAAAUUAUAGCCCAUGACAAAGAGGUUAACGAUAUAGCUUGGGGUGAAGCUGGGGUUUUUGCCUCCGUUUCUGCUGAUGGGUCAGUUAGGAUUUUUGAUUUGAGGGAUAAGGAACAUUCGACGAUUAUUUAUGAGAGUCCAAAACCAGACACUCCGUUGUUGAGGUUGGCUUGGAACAAGCAAGAUUUGAGAUACAUGGCUACCAUGUUGAUGGAUUGCAACAAGAUUUUGAUUUUAGAUAUUAGGUCUCGAGCAAGGCCUGUGGCAGAGUUGGCUAGGCAUCAGGCGAUUGUCAAUGCUAUUGCUUGGGCUCCACAGAGUUGUAGACAUAUUUGUUCUGCUGGGGAUGACGGGCAGGCGCUCAUUUGGGAGUUGCCAACUGUUGCAGGGCCUAAUGGGAUUGAUCCUAUGUCAAAGUACUCUGCUGGAGCUGAGAUUAAUCAAAUUCAGUGGUCUACUGCACAACGUGAUUGGAUUGCCAUUGCGUUUUCUAACAAGUUGCAGCUGCUUAAAGUAUAAGUGUGGACUUUUGGAGGACUUAACGAUCAAUUUGACUGCCAAAGUGUAAGCAUCAAUUUAACCCUAGUGUAAUGGAGAUGAUAGUUUACUGCCAAACUAUUUGCAUUGAGAUAUUUACUCAACUGUUGUUCAAUAUUAAGUUACUUGAAAGUUGUUGUAUGAAUCUUUUAUUAACCAUUGUG